CGUUCCUCCUGCCGCGGUAGAUGUCCCUGAACCCGCGCCUCAGCCGCAGCCUGCAUGCCCGCCCUGGGUGGAGCGUUCUCCUUUGUCGAGCCGGGACCCGCUCUCCUUUCUCGUUCAAGCAGAAGAGGAGCUAGCGAGGAAACCGAAAACACGCUCGAGUUGAUGUUUGAGAAGUUCGGGUGCAGGAGAGUCUGGAUUUUUGGCUUCUUGAAGAAACAGUAGAAAAUGCAAAACGAAAUAAUAAAACCUGCUAAAUACUUCUCGGAAGUGGAGAAGAGUGUGCUGCUUGCGUUAGUUGAAAAAUACAAAUACGUGCUUGAAUGUAAAAAAAGUGAUGCAAGAACUAUUGCUCUGAAACAACGGACCUGGCAAGCACUAGCUCAUGAAUAUAAUUCACAGCCCAGUGUAUCCCUGCGAGACUUCAAACAGUUAAAGAAAUGCUGGGAAAAUAUCAAGGCACGGACAAAAAAGAUAAUGGCACAUGAAAGGCGGGAGAAGGUAAAAAGAAGUAUUAGUCCACUUAUAAAUACUCACCUCAUAGGUAAAGAGAAGAUUGCCAGCAUAAUGCCUGAGCAAAUGUACUUUUUGCAGAGCCCACCAGAAGAAGAUUCUGAAUAUCAGCCUGAUGCUUCUAGUCAAGGUAUAAAUGUUACUGUAAUGAUGCAA